AUGCCCAUCGCUAGGCUGGUAAACGAGGAGACACUCUGGCGAGGCCACCUCAACACUGCUGCAUUUCAAACUCGCGUCGGCAUUAACCCUGACAAGUACAAGCAGCUCAUGGCACUGAAAGACCCUGCCCUCCAAUGGCUGCGCGAUUACGAGCAAAGCUGGCCAGUGGAGGCGAUGCUAAAGCGUAUUAUAAUCAACCGCGCUUCCGUCUCUAAAUCCAAGAGGUCUACUACUAGGACUACGAACAGAGCUGCAGGACAGUACUCUCAGGGUUUCAACCUUCCAGGCCGGGGCCUCCAAACGCGCUCGGCUUUGCGCGCCAUGGAUCCUGGAGGAAGUAGGGCUAUGCUUACUCGCGAAGAUGAUAUUGGCGAAGACGAAAUCGAGAUUGACAAAGUUGGUAUCGUCAAUCAAGAGGCCAUUAAUAUGCUCUUGACAUUUCCAACGGCGGAACGCAACGUGUGGCUUGAGCAGAAGAGGGACUUUCUAGGCAUGUCACCUCUCGAGCUCGCCGCCGUGCAGGCUUAUCAGCCUCCUCGUCAAAUACACCGGCUACUCUCUAUGUUCUCUUCUACUUCUCCUAACUUUUUCGACACGGGCAGCGUAGUCCGCGAUGUAACGACCCCAGCGGGCCUGGAUGUUCGACGCAAGGACAUGGACAGGGGCUCUGGUCAAAAAAGGCAAGAACGCGUCUGGCUCCGCUUCCUCGCGCCGAACCCACCCAAACACCCUACCAGCAAUAGUUCGAGGCGCAGCUCUCGCUUCGAACUUGCAUCUGAACUUGGAGAGUUCGCAGACGAAGACGACCAAGAAAGGGACAUCAUGAACGAGUCACAGCGACGUCCGCAUACGUCGUACACCGACACUCGUCGCAAUGGCUUUUUUGAGAGCGUUCCCCUCCCAUCGCCCGCAUAUGAACCUGCGAACGAUGUCCCUCCUGACGCACUUAUGAUUCGGAACCACAAAUUUAUGAUGUAUAUCCUUGCAACGAAGGGCGAGCCAGUACCUGCACAUUACCUCGACCCGGAUAUGACACCUCCAGAUGCAUCGGAGCCAACGCCCACGGGCGGUCAUUCCUUCCUCGCGGAGCUCAAGGUCGUCGAAGAAAAGAUUGCCAAACUACGCGCUGAGCACGAAGCCGACCUUUCUCAACUUAUUGCUUUCACAGCCGAAGCCUAUCGCGCUGAGCGGCACGAUCGGCUCUCUGCACUUGACUUGGACUCGCCGUACUGGGAGAACCGCGCCGACUCGAUGGACCCACAGGACGCGGAAGCCCUCGCGGCGCUGGCUGCUCAGCACGCGAACGACGUCCACAUGCCCGAGUUCGAGAACGACGCCGACGACGCGCUCGAGUCGCUCAAGUACGCACAUUUACAGGAGCUCUUGCCUCUUUUACACCAGAAGAGCAAGUUGCAGGCCCACGUUGGCGCCGCGAAGCGCGCCAGAGACGCGCAAUUCCCUAGGAGCCGAGCCGAGCUCAACGGACUCGAUGGUGACACGAAGUUGCGGGUGGCUCGAUAUCUUGUCACGGGUGCGAACGAGAAGGAGCGGAUGAUGGAUAACUUCGGAUGGGUGUGGAGACAAUGCCAACCCUUGGUGGACGAGUUUGCGAGGGAUGACGAAUUCGCAGACUCUAUCAACCAGAUGCUCAGAGAUAGCAUACACUUUGGACAAGUAUUUGACACUACAGAGCAAGGUUUGGAGGAUUUGGACCGGAGGGUGAAUUCUGCAUCUGAAAUUGAUAACCAACCGAGAAUUUUCGGUGUUAGAUGCUUCGCGCGGGAAUUCGAGAUCACAAUGGUAUUCUCGAAGCGAUCAGCGAUGGACUUGGAUCAAUGGCACAGUCUCAAGAAACUCGCCCUUCCACUUGCCAAAGGUCUUAAAGACGCUCCCUAUGAAAAACAGACUCCCAGCGACAUCCGCGAUAUCAAAGCGAAGCUUUGCGAGCGCAUGCCGUAUCUCCAGUUUCAUGAGGAUACCUGGCCUGCGGAGAGUUAUCUAAGGCGAUUUUUGAUCGCGAGAAAGGCGAGAAACGAUCGUCGGAGACCUCAACCUCCUAACGUGCCAGAUGAGGAAGACAGGUUGUUGAGGGUUAGAAGGCCGCAAUCAAGUACACUCAGCGAGGGUCCAAGGGAAGAAGACGAGGAAAUGCAUGUUGUUCACUUGAAGCAGCCUCCCGAUCAGCUCUUCGAGGAAGAUGAUGUUCCUCCGACACAAGGAGAAGCAGGUCCACCACAUAGACCAAGGUCGUCCUCUUUGGAAUAUCAGGAUCUACCGCACGACGUCCCUUCCGCUUCUGCGCUCGUCCGAGAGAAUCUUCCGAGUUUCCCUUCAUCUAUCGUGGUUCCGGAGGCGACAUUCGGUUCCAAUUCGUGCACCGCGACACAGGCCUCUGGUGUUGUUCCCGUCAUCACAACGGCGGUUAAAAGCGAUGCCACGCCAACCAAACCUCAUCCUGCACCUUCGUCAGCGAGCGGUAUCGACUCCUCGAGCUUGCUUUCUCGCCUAACUCAAUGUCCUCUAAACUUAUCUCAUAUCGCAAGCAGGCUCGCUGAACUGGGUAUAUCAACAAACGAGGACAUCGCCAGACUUAAAGGUAGAUUUACAAGGGAGAAGACCAUCGACGUUCUGCUUGGGCGGAACAGUGGUAACGAGAUGACACGGCUCGAGAUAUUUCUAUUUGUCGACACUUGUGUCGGAUACAGACCGCCAGAAUUCGACUUCGUGCCUGAACCGAUCGGCAGCUCAGACGAAGGCGACUACUUCUGGAUGGGGGACUUCCUAGGGUAUGUGUCCCCAGAGCUUGCGUCCCUAAGCCAAGCGUUCGUGGAUAUUGGUGUUAGGGCACCAAGACACCUAUGUGCGUUGGGUGCCAUGGGAAAAGAUUGGGUCGGAGAUUUUCUUUCGGGGUGCGGGAUAUGGUUGAGAAUGACGCCACUUCAGCAGGAGUUCUUCGUUGACGAAGUUUGCUGGAUGGCCGGUGGGGCUCGCGCGUAGUGUGCAUUGCACCUUCAUUACCCAUCGUUUGCUAUGUACAGCAUGUGACAUCGGUCAUCUGUUCUAACAAGUAGAGCUGUCUGUAUUAUGGACAAACGUGUAUGCUCAAAUUCACGUAUCAUAGGAAUGCAUGCCUGCCUUCGGUUGUG